AUGUGCCGCAUCAAGCUACACAUCUGCCCCUAUCCUGACCACGAUCCAGUCUCCUCCCUUAUCUUCAACCCGAAGAACGGUCCUCUAUGGGAACUCUGCAACAACCCACGGCCUUGGGGUCGCCUCUCCUGUGGCAAGCUUGAGGUCGAACAUCCCAAACAACUGACUCGGUCCGGUGCACCUCUGUCCUCUCCAAACCCCACGACCACCGACUCAUGCAACUCCGAGCAAUGCGAAAAGCACAAACAAGAGUUCCCCGAAGGUCACGGACCCGUCCUAGUCAACCCAAUCGCGCCCAUGGCUGCCGGCGAAGCACGACCUCUAGGAAAGCCCUGUAAAUGGUGUACCGCGGUUCUCCGACUGGCAGCAACAAAGUCAAAGGAGAUGCAGAAGCUGGCACAGACGGAGAUUGCAGAGGUGGAGCGGAAGAUGAGUGAAGACUCCGAGUUGAGGAAGAUGCACAAGGAAAUCGCGGACAGGGAGCAAGAAUUGAAUCGAAUGAGACACAGUGCGUGGAGGAAGGCGACAGCGAUGAUGGAUGAUUUGGUUGAUAAGAACGCAAAGAACGAGACGCAGGGCUGA